CCCUGAAAUCACCUGAAAUUAAAAAAAAAAAAAAAAACAUUUUCUACCCCUCUGAGUUCUGACCUACUGAUUGCCCCUCAUCCCUCUCAAAAUCCAGCUCCAAAACAUCAACAAAUAUAAACAAAAAUAAAUAAAUAAAUUACCAAAAACAAUAACAAUACACAUGAAUAAUUAUUGUUAAUUUUAAUUUUAUUUAAAUAAAUGAUUUAAAUAGCUGUUUUUUCUAAAAACUUGUCAACAUUUCUUUUAUAUUUUUUUUAUGUUUAAUUAUUAUUUAAACAAUUAAUUGUGAUAGUGUACUUGGUGCAUAAAUAUUUAAAAUGAUAAUAAGAAAAUAAAAUAUAUAUAAAAAAAAGCCUUGGUUUUGUGUGUGGUGUUUUGAGUGACGGGGUCAACAUCCAGGGUCUUGUUGUUAAAAUAAAAAAUAUAAAAAAAAAAAAAACACAAAAGAGAGUAAAACCAUUACGCUCAAUCCCCCAACUGAUGUCUGAUUCCAACAUGGCGUUGUGACUGUUCGAUGCCAUCAUCGUUAGCUUUAAUAUUUACAUUAAAUAAAAAACACAUAUAUUUAUUUAUUAAAUUAAUAUUUACAUACAUGUUUUGGUGUGUUACAUUGACUAUUGGUUGAUAGCCAAUUAAAUAAUAAUAAUUGUUUUUAAAAAGUCAAAUUUUUAUGGAAAAAAUAACAACAAAAAAAGUAAUUUAGUCAAGUGUCCAAGAGGAUUUAUACACUAGGACAUUUUGGUGAGAGGUUUUUUUCUUUUGUUUGAAACAAAAAGAUAAAUAUAAAACCAUGGCAGAAGUACAAAAGAUGAGAAUAUAUGGUAAACAUCCACCAUGUGGUAAUAACUCUAGACUAGAAGAACGUCGUAUUAGAAGAUCAAAUUUACGUGCUGAAAGAAAUCGUAAACCUGAAAAACCAGAAGAUUUUGUUUGUUAUGAAUCAAGUGAUGAUGAAGAAGAAACAGUUACUGAAACACGUCAAUUUUUACGUACAACAUAUAAUUUUGUUGAUUAUGUACGUGCACGUGAAACAAAUACACGUGAAGUUAGAAAAAUAAAUCAAGAAUAUGGAUCACGACAUAUAUUAACACAUGAUUUAUUUAAAGAAUAUUCAGUUAGUUUAAAUAGUAUGAAUAAAGUAUUUUGUUCACAAUGGUUAAGUGAUAGACAAGUUGUAUUUGGUACAAAAUGUAAUAAAUUAAUGGUAUAUGAUGUUGCAACACAAAAAUUAGAUCAAAUACCAUCAUUACAUGGUAGAUCAACAAAUCCAAAUGGUGGACCACAAACUGAUCAACAAUCUGGUAUUCAUUCUGUACAAAUAAAUCCAUCAAGAACAUUAUUAAGUACUGGAGCUAGAAAUAGUAAUGAAAUAGCAAUUUAUAGAUUACCAACACUUGAUCCAGUAUGUGUUGGUGAAGCUGGACAUAGAGAUUGGGUAUUUGAUAUGUGUUGGUUAGAUGAUGAAUUUAUUGUAUCUGGAUCAAGAGAUACUAAAAUGGUACUUUGGCAUGUUAAUAGUGACCUUGCUGUUGCACCUGAUAAAGCAGAAGUACCAACACACAGACUUAUUCAACCAGUUUGUGUUAAAGAAUGUCGAUCAGCACAAAAAGUACGUGCACUUGCAUUUAAUAAAGCAUACAAUGAAAUUGCAGCAUUAUCAUUAAAUAGCUUUAUUCAUAUAUGGUCUGCUGAAACAUUUAAACAAAAAAUAUCAAGAAAAUUACCAGCAUGUCAGGAUAAUGUAUGUCUUGCAGUUCAAGAUGAUGGUGUUUAUGCUGUUGGUUGUAGAUCAUAUACACUUCUUCUUGAUGCAAGAACACUUCAGCCAAUUAAAAAAAUACCAUCUCGAUACAGUGGUUGUGGAAUAAGAUCAGCAAGUUUUCAAGGUUCAGUAUUAACAAUUGGUACUGGUUUAGGAAUGCUUAUGUUUUACGAUGUCAGAGCACAAAAAUAUUUGGAAUCAUCAAUUAAUUCAAAUAGAACUGUUGUCUUGAAAGCAUCAAAAGGAUACGUGUUUCCAGAUGAAGAAUAUGUUGAUGGUUUUCAAAAUGUCAAAUAUACACCUGCAAUAUAUACACAUUGUUAUGAUGCAUCUGGCACACGUUUAUUCACUGCUGGUGGACCACUACCAGCAAAUUUAUAUGGCAAUUAUGCUGGACUCUGGCAAUAGUUUAUUAAAUUAAUAAUAUUAUUUUUUUUUUGUUUCAACGCAAUAAUAUUUGUGGGCGGUAAUACAGUGAGUUAUAGUUGUAAUCGUAACAAAACAUUUAAAAAAAAAAUUAGUAAUUAUUAAUCUAUAAAAUUUUUUUAGUUGAAAAUUAUUAUUAUUAAUAUUAUUUAUGUCAAUGAUUUGGAUAAUCUAGGCCAAUGAAUAAUAGAAACGGUUUUUGUAAAUUUAUAAUUUCUUCAAUGAAUUUUUAAAACAAAACAAAAAACAGUUUUUGUUUUAGUUUCGUUUAACAAAUAAAACUUGAGAAUAUAUUUUCAUUUUUUUUUUUUAACAACAAGCAAAUGAUAAAUGAUAAAAUGUUAUUUACUUGUUGUUAAUUUAUAAAAUUAUCCAUUGAAAAAAUUGAAAUAAAUAAUACAAGCUUUAAUACACAACUUAUUGCUAAAAAUUAAAAAGUCAAUAAUAGAUAGCUAUCAAAUUAAUCAAUAAUAUUAUUUAAAAAAAUAACAAUCACAUUAAAAAAACAAAAAAACAUUGCACAUUACUACGAUGUAUCCAAAAAAUUUCGUAUUUAUUAAAAUAAUGUUUCGAAAAACGUUAAUAUUAUAUUUAUUAAUUUUUUAAACCAACUUUUUUUUUUUUUAGAAAUUUAAUUAUUGCUGCCACUGUGAAUUAUUUAUUAAUCGGACGAAUUUAAUUGAAAAACAAUUAAAAAUUAGCAAAUUUUAAAAAACUAGUUAAUUAUUUUCUUUUUUUUUUUUAAAUUAGAAUUUUUAUAUUUUUUUUUAAAUGUGUCUAAUUAUUCGUUAAGAAUUUAUUUCAUUUAAAUAUUUUAUUUUUACAUUUUGUUAUUUUUUAAUUAUUAUUUAUAUCUAACUUGUUUGUAAAAUAAAAUAAACAAUAAAUAGAAAAAUAUUGUGCCAAUUUAGACAAAAUAAAUUAAUAAAUAAUCGAAAUAAUAAAACAGUGGCAGCUUGAGAUUACAUCAAUUAUUACCAGAAUACUAUAAUUAAAAUAAAAGAAAGAAAAAAAGAAUUAC